GAAGUUCUUGCCUGCUUGCUCCCCUUCGUACCGGCGCCGCUGACGAUUUGGAACCCACCCGCGCAAGCGUCAUUCGGGGUCACAUCGGCGACUCGAUUUGCUAAAUAAUCCCUACGCUCUCUAUCGCACCCUCCAGUUGCCCAGCCAUCAUCCUCUUCUAAUCGGCGACAACCAUGUCCUUCUUCAACUCGAUUGGACGGUCGAUGACCCGCGCCCCGCGCAAUGCGAAGCGUUCGCCGACACCAACGUCCGCGACGUUCCCGCCCGAGUCUCCGGCUGUCAAGUCCCCGACGUCGCCUGUGGUCCCAGCGCAAAAGCCGUUGUACCUGUGCAGCCCUUUCGUCGAGGCUGCGCUGGUCAAAGGCAACUUCAAGACCAUCGUGAUGAUGCCCAAGUAUGUGGACAUUAUGGAGUGGGUCGCCGUCAAUAGUGGGUAAACUGCUUCCAUCUGUCCCUGUGCUCACUGCUGCCGGCCAGUCUUCGAUUUUUACACCAAUCUCAAUGAAUUCUACGGCGUGCUCACCGAGUUCUGCACGCAACAGAACUGCCCAACGAUGGCAGCAGGCCACACACUAAACUAUACCUGGAUUAACCAGGAUCGCAAACAUGUGCACCUGCCGGCGCCAACGUACAUCGACUACGUGAUGACGUGGGUGCAGAACAUGCUGGAUGACCAGAGCGUGUUUCCGACCAAGUCCGGUCUCGAAUUCCCACCGUCCUUCCCAUCGACGGUCAAGCACAUCUACCGGCAGCUGCUCCGGGUGUUCGCCCACAUAUAUCAUGCGCACUACGCCCAGAUCCUGCAUCUGCGCUCGGAGCCGCACUUCAAUUCCCUUUUUGCGCACUUCCUUGCCUUUGGGUCUGAAUUCGAGCUAUUGGAGAUGAAGGAUCUGCGAGGGUCGGGUUCUUCCCCGGUUGGAGUGGGGGCGCUCUGGGAGCGGUGGAGGGACAUGGGCAUCCUCGCAGGCUCGAACAAGGGGUGAUUCAUUGAUACCCCUACCUACUGACACACACCCGUUGGCGGUGUUACCCUCGCUCUCGUUCACAAUCCGUACUAUCUGGCGUCCGAGCGGGCUUUACGAUGUCAUGUAAACAAGUUAUAAUAUCUGCACAAUAGAUUGUUAAUACAAACAAAA